AUGAUUCGAACAUCGUCAAGGCCCAUUGUCAAGGGAGUGUUAACGUCUAAUCAGGCUUUCAAGUUCGCUGCAAUCACGGGCAUCGCGGGCUCAUUUAUUCUUUACCAUGGCGUAAACCCUACAGUCGCAGCCUUGGGCAUGUCAAAUAUUAUCUUGUAUGGUUGGUGUUACACCUCGCUCAAGAGAAAGUCUAUUCUUAAUACCUGGGUUGGCGCUAUAGUUGGGGCUAUCCCUCCAUUGAUGGGAUGGGCAGCUUCAUCUUCGCUUCUGCACCCAGGAGCAUGGUGUUUAGCUGCUUUAUUGUACGCGUGGCAAUUCCCUCAUUUCAAUGCUUUGUCACAUAACAUCGCUACGCAGUAUAAGGAGGCGGGUUACGUUAUGGCAGCUGCAGAAAAUCCAAGGUUGAACUCCAGAGUAUCAUUGAGAUACUCUUUGCUUAUGUUUCCAAUUUGUUUUGGAUUGAGCUACUUCGGUGUCACGGAUUGGGUGUUCUGUAUAGACUCCUCCAUCGCCAAUGCAUGGUUAAGUGUUUUAGCAUAUCGUUUCUGGAAGCAACAAAAGAUCAACCAUUCAACAACCAGCCAAAUCCCCGGUCAAGCAAUUGAGGCUGCUAAUCUUGCUGCUCGAAAGCUAUUUUGGUGCUCAGUAUGGCAGCUCCCAGCUGUCCUUGUUCUAGCGAUGUUGCAUAAAAAAGGUCAAUGGGACCGUCUAUUACUGUGGAUCGGAAUCUUGUAA